AUGGAGGAGGACCGCGCGAUCGCAGACCUGGGGCCCGACGUCUCUACAGUAACCGAAGACACUAUCAACGCCGACACCGAAUCUAUACCGAAAGCACCAAAGCGACGAUUCAUCGGCAGAAAGGCAGCGCAUGCAAAAGCCUCAGCUGGAGCGGAAGCCAGCAAUGGCUCCAUCGAGGAGACCGGCGCAGUGCAGGGUGCAGUCUCAACUAUGAUCUCGUUUGCGCCUAGGAGGCGGCCAGCUCGUGCCUUGAACAAUGUGCCAGACGACAUUCUCCAUGAUAAAGACAUCAAUGAUGCUAUUGCAUUGCUGCCGAAGAAUUACAACUUCGAGCUGCACAAGACCAUCCACAGGAUACGCACUUCGGGCGCGAAGAAGAUCGCUCUCCAGAUGCCCGAAGGACUUCUGCUCUUUGCCACCACCAUCUCUGACAUCCUGACACAGUUCUGUCCGGGUGCAAGCACGCUCAUUAUGGGCGACGUGACCUACGGAGCCUGCUGCAUCGAUGACUACACCGCUCGAGCAUUAGGCUGUGACAUGCUCGUUCACUACGCUCACUCGUGUCUGAUCCCCGUCAACGUGACCAAGAUCCAGACACUCUACGUGUUUGUCGAUAUUCAAAUCGAUCUCGAACACUUGCUCGCUACUAUCGAGCGUAACUUCAAGCCAGGCAGCACCAUCGCCAUGGUAGGUACCAUUCAGUUCAAUGCUACGCUACACGGUACUUCUCAGCAGCUGCGGAGUGCAGGAUACAACAUCAUUGUGCCGCAGAUUAUGCCACUUUCAAAAGGCGAAAUCUUAGGCUGUACCUCACCUCACCUGACCAAGGAGCAAGCCGUGGACCUCAUAUUGUAUCUCGGCGAUGGUCGAUUCCAUCUGGAGAGCGCUAUGAUUCACAACCCUUCAAUACCUGCAUAUCGGUAUGAUCCUUACUCACGGCGACUGACACACGAGACCUACGAUCACGACACCUUGCUCAGCGAUCGGUCAAAUGCUCUCACUCAGGCGAAGAAGGCUCGCAAAUGGGGUCUGAUCCUAGGAAGUCUGGGUAGGCAAGGCAAUCCACACACAAUGACUUUGAUCGAGAACCACCUCCGCGAGCAAGGUAUCACAUGGGUCAACUUGCUGCUCAGCGAGAUAUUCCCCGGCAAGCUUGCCAUGAUGCCGGAUGUGGAAUGCUGGGUGCAGGUGGCUUGUCCGCGAUUGAGCAUAGAUUGGGGCUACGCAUUUCCACGUCCGCUUUUGACGCCGUAUGAGGCCUUAGUUGUACUUGGAGCGCGACAAGGAUGGGAACACAGAACGUAUCCCAUGGAUUUCUACGCUAAGGAGGGGCUAGCGAGAGUGAAGCCAGAGGAUGUUGCUGUGAGGGAUGCUGCUACGACACAGACGGUGCCAAGCGCAGCAUAG